GUGUAUGCUUGUGUGCGUGUUUACAUGGUGGCGGUGGUCAAGUGCAUUAGUCGUUAAAUAUUUUAUUUUGUUCACCAACCAUUAAUACUAACUAAAUGAUAAAAUAACGAUAGCUGUAAUUAUUAUCAAUGGCUUCCAUUGAUAAAGUAAAAAUUAUUGUCGUUGGUGAUUCAGGCGUUGGAAAAUCUUCUUUGACCUAUUUAAUAUGUCAACAACAACCAAUAAGUAAUCCAUCUUGGACCAUUGGGUGUUCAGUAGAAGUGAAAUUGCACGAAUACAAAGAAGGUACACCAAACCAACGGAGAUAUUUUAUAGAAUUGUGGGAUGUUGGAGGAAGUCAAAGUCAUAAAAACACAAGGAGUGUGUUUUACAAUCCAACAAAUGGUAUAAUUCUUGUCCAUGACUUAACUAAUAGAAAGUCACAGCAAAAUUUACAGAAAUGGUUAGAAGAAGUAUUGAAUAGAGACAGCAGCCAAUUUAAAGUAAAAUCAUUUGACGAUUUUGAUCCAGAAAAGUUUGUAGGGUCAACGCAGAUUCCUAUUUUAGUAGUAGGUACCAAGUCAGAUUUGAUAGCAGAAGUUAGAUCUAGUAUUCCGGUAUAUAGAAGAUCAUCUACUAUUGCUGAAGAAUGUGGAGCAGAUGAAAUAUUCUUGGAUUGUCGUCAAGCAAAAUCUCUAGCGGCAGGUACCAGUUCCUCUGUAAAAUUAAGUAGAUUUUUUGAUAAAGUGAUCGAGAAGCGCUAUUAUUCACGAGAAGGAUUAAAUUCUGAUCCACGACGCAUUCCUGUAUAUUCUCCGCAAUAUAGUCCAAAACUUCAUCACAAUGAUUAAAGAAAUAUAAGACUAAAUAAAAUUUGUAUAUAAGUUUACAUAGCAAUAUUUACAAUUUUACUUGGAGAAAUUACUCCACUACAGUUGAUUAGACAAAUAAAAUAUUUGCAACAAAUAUUUAAGUCACAAUUGUAUUAUUUAGUAUUUUUGCAUAGACCUCCGGAGUUUCAAAUUUCAUUUUUAAACGAAAUUAUAAUUUUUGUAGCAUUGCUAUUUCUACUAUGUACGUAAGAGUUCAUCAUCCGUAUCCGUCCGCAUCCGUACGUACCUAUGGGACCGGGGCCUAAUCAAAUUAUUAUCAAUUCCACAUUGAAUGAUAUUCACUCGUUUUAUUUGCAGUUAAUUUUGUUUUUUGUGCCAAUUAGACACAAAGUAAUUAGAUAUUUAAUCAUACAAAUGAGAAUCAAACGAACAAGAUUAGCUGUUAUUAGGAAAAGUUUUUUGCUUCCAUUCCAUGCACGUUUAUUAUAUGGAAAAAUAUCCCAAUAU